AUGGCAGACGACAAAGCAUCUGAUACCGGCACGGAUACUUCUUCCAAUACCAGCGAUGCCGAAACCAUGAAGAAAAUGAUGAUGGACACCAAAGUGGACGGUGGAAAAUCCGCUUGGGCCACCACGCUGGAAACCUUUGGAAUGAGUGAUGGAGGCAAGAACAAAAAGACGGAUGUUCUCUGUGAUAGUUUUGCCGAAGCCAUGAAGAUGUUUUACGAUUUGGUGAAAGAUAAAGACUGGGAGUUUGCGACCACACCCUUUGAGGAUUUUAAUGCCACCAAGGAACAACUAUUCCAAGCCUUUGUGCACUGGUCUCGCAAGAGUGGAGAUGAUGGAGAAGCAGCAACAACUUACAAUCCUUCCAAGGCACUCCGACGUCUGGAAGCGUACGUGGAAUGGAUGGAUAAGAAUUGCCAGGAUAUGAAUCUCAAGGGAAGCACCAUGGUGGAGGUGGCUGAAAAAUGGAAGACAAGAAUCACACACGACAAGAAAGGACGACUCGUUUGGUGGUUUGAUAUUGGUGGCUUGGAUCUCAAAGAUCUCAAAAAGAAUGUGCCUCCUGAAGAUACGCUCCGUUUGUUUGUCUGGAUGUCACACUUGGUCCUUUUUGACAAGGGUUCACAAGAAAAUGGAUUUAUCUUUGUCGAGGCAUUCGGAAGAAACACGGGUAUGAUGGAGACAUUCACUGUCGUGACCAUGGACUUGAGCACCAAACUGGAUCGGUUGACUAUUGGAAUUCUGCCAGUCAAGAUGGAGAAAUGUUUCAUUUACGACAAUCCUACUUGGAUUCGCGUCAUGAUGGCCUUGCUGUCCCCGUUUCUUAGCAAGAAAAUGAAGCAGCGAAUCGUUUCCAUUCCCAAUAACAAAAACCCCAUGGAAUUCUUUGAAGAAGAGAUCGGAAAAGAAAAUAUCCCGUUUGGAGUUACGCACCUCGAAGGGACUGUUGAGAAAGAUUUGGUGGCGCAAACUCUGGAAAGGUUGGCGAGUGUGAUUACCGAUGAGGUUGAAACCUAG